UGACGAUGAUUCUGACUUUUCAACAGGCUCAGUUUUAUCAGAGGAAGAUUCUAAUUUGGAUUUAAAAUUCCAAGUUAAGGUUGUAAUUAAUGUUAGUGAAUCUGAACCAAUACCGCAAAAUGUCUCUUAUAAAAUUAAUGGCUGUGGACAAGCAAUGACUUUAGAUAACAAAAAUGACUAUAAUACAUUUAUUAGUGAAUAUCAAAAAUUAGAAAAUUCAAGUAAAUCUAUG